AAUGGCCGGACGACGCUUGUUGUGAAUUUUCUAAAUGUAUAAUUUAUAUUCCAGAGUAUUUCGUGUAAUUCAACGAAAUACUUAAAUUUUUUACGCAUAAAUUCGUAACAUGUUAUAACUUAAAACAAUGUAACUUUGACAAGUCGCGGUUGCUUAAGAUCAGUUGUUAUACGAUUCGGUGCAGUGGAUUUUGGAUUAGCUUGGUAUAGAUUGAAAAUGAGUAAAAGACGUCGGGCUUCGUCGGGGGCCAGCCGUGGAGCUGACGGAGACGAUAGUGAUGAUGGAGUAGAACAUACUCCUGGGCCUCCGCCUUCGCGUAAAAAGAAAAAGCUGGAUCCAAGUGAGAUGUGCCAACAACUAUAUGACACCAUCAGAGGUUUCAAGAAGGAUGAUGGUACAUUACUUUGUGAUUCCUUUAUCCGAGCACCCAAAAGACGUCAAGAGCCGCAGUAUUAUGAAGUAGUGUCGCAGCCUAUUGACUUGUUAAGGGUGCAGCAAAAGCUCAAAAUGGAUAAUUACGAAGACCUGGAUGAGCUGUCGGCAGACAUUGAGUUGCUUGUGAACAAUGCUAAGGCUUUUUACAAGCCCGACACUGUGGAGUACAAGGAUGCUAUUGAGCUGUGGAAGCUGUAUACACAGACCAAACAUGCUUUGGAAAAUGGUGAAGAGGUGAAACCACCGAGAGUGUCCCGCACUGGUUCUCUGUCCCGGCGGUCUGAUGUAGCCGAGGAUCUCUCUGAAACAUCCACCAAUAAUGAGGAAGACAACAUAUUUGAAGAGCUAUUUAGUGCUGUCAUGACAGCAAACUCCGAAGGCCGCUCCCUCUACACUGCCUUCCAAUUCCUACCAUCCAAGCGGCGCUACCCCGAGUACUACCGCGUCAUAGACAGCCCUAUAGACCUAAAGACCAUCGCGCAGAAGAUACAGGCCGGAGAGUAUACCAACCUGAAUGAGAUGGAGAAGGAUUUGCUGCUGAUGGUCAGGAAUGCGUGUCAUUUUAAUGAGCCGGGGAGCAGUAUUUAUAAGGAUGCUAAAGCUUUGAAAAAGAUAAUUCAAGUUCGCAAACAAGAAUUGGAACAGCACCACAGCCGCAGCGGUCCCGCAAAGACCUCAGAACGAAUCCGCAGCAAAAGAACUUCCCGCAUUGGUCCCGUCCCGUCCAGCAGUGCUCUGGCCAUUAUGGACCCGCCGGGCUCUGAUACUGAAGUUGUCAAGCACUCGGAAGACAGCGCUGUCGAAAGUGAUGAUGAAAAAGGUGAAAAUGAAGAUUCACCGCAGUGGAAACUCCUUGAAACCAUCAAGAGUCUGACGGGACCUAAUGGCACACCAAUGACCGAAUCCUUCUGGAAGCUUCCAUCUCGCCGCGCCUACCCCGACUACUACAAAGAAAUCAAGAACCCUGUGUCCCUCAACCAAAUCAAGAAUAAGAUCAGGAAAGGGGCCUACGGGACUCUGUCAGAGGUGGCGGGCGAUAUGAACAUCAUGUUUGAGAACGCGAAGCAAUAUAACCAGCCCACGUCUCGGUUGUAUAAAGAUGCCGCGAAAUUACAGAGGAUAAUGCAGCAGAGGGUCCAAGAGCUACUGGACAUCGUGCAGAGUUCUUCGAGUGAUGACGAGAGCUUGUCCUCUGUAAAGAACCAAGCUCAGGUCACCACGCCCAGACCGAGAGGUCGUCCCCGCGUCAACCCGGUCCCCACCACACCCGCGUCCACCCCCUCCCUCCCCAAAUCCAACGUCCCCCUCAAGAAGAAGCUCCACUUCAUCGCCAAACACCUGAUCGACUUCACAUGCCCUGAUGGAAGGCAGCCGAUGCUGCUGUUCAUGGAGAAGCCGAGCAAGAAGUUGUAUCCAGAGUAUUAUAAUGUUAUCGAUCGGCCCAUCGAUAUGAUCACUAUUGAAGCUAAUAUUAAGAACGACCGCUACAACAGCAUAGAAGAGAUGAUAUCCGACUUCCGACUGAUGUUCUCCAACUGCCGCCAGUUCAACGAGGAGGGCUCCAUGAUCUAUGACGACGCCAGCCGUCUAGAGCGCGUUAUGAAUGAGAAACUUAAAGAACUUAACUCUAAUUAUGAGAAGAAGCCGCCUGUGAAUAAGGUUCCUAAGACUCCUAAGUCAAGACAGUUGUCACCGUUAGAGCAAAAGUUGAGGACUCUGUAUGAUGCUAUCCGGGACUAUAGGAUCCCAAAAGCCAAACGCCAACUCGCCCUAAUUUUCAUGAAGCUCCCAAGCAAAUCCGAAUACCCCGACUACUACGAGCUCAUCAAGAACCCCAUAGACAUGGAGAAAAUCGCACACAAGCUCAAGAAUAACAUUUACAACUCCGUCAACGAACUGGCUUCGGACUUCAUGCUCAUGUUAGACAAUGCUUGCAAAUAUAAUGAACCGGACUCGCAGAUUUAUAAGGACGCAUUGAUAUUGCAGCGGGUUUGCUUGCAGACCAAACAAAUGCUAAGGGAAGACGAUGAUGCGCCUCCUGAUGUGCCGGCAGCGGUGCAAGAACUACUCCUGAACCUAUUCACGUCGGUGUACAACCAUCAGGAUGAAGAGGGCAGGUGCUAUUCAGACAGUAUGGCCGAACUACCGGAGCACGACGAGAACAACGGCGUCCGCGUUCGCGGCAUCUCUCUCGACCUUGUCAAGCGGCGGCUGGACCGAGGACUGUACCGCCGGCUUGACCACUUCCAACAAGACAUGUUCGCCGUCUUUGAAAGAGCCCGCCGCCUAUCGCGAACAGACAGCCAAAUCUUCGAAGACUCCAUUGAACUGCAAACCUUCUUCAUCAUCCACCGCGACCAGCUCUGCAAGGACACGCUGACGUCACCCGCGCUGUCCUUCACUAAAGACAUACUCACCACCAGCGUGGAGUUACUCAAGCAGUGCAAGAUGCUACAGGAGAAUGAUGAGGAGGAGGAUACCAGGUCAAGCACAGACGAGUCAAUGCCACCAGGCGCCCCUCAGCCGCAAACGAAAUACGACAAGGGCGACUUCCUGUACGUGCAGCCCGACAAGACCAACAAGGAGCCCGCCAUCGUGCAGGCCGUGCGCAUCUGGACCAAUAGCGACGCGGUGCCCAUGAUGUAUGCCAACGUUUACUUUCGGCCUCACGAGACGUACCACGUGCGUACACGCAAGUUCCUCCAGCAAGAAGUCUUCAAAACGGAAACCUUCCGCAACAUCCCGCUUGACCAGAUCGCUGGCCAUUGCUACGUCAUGAACGUCAAGGAGUACUUCAAGUACCGACCCGAAGGUUACGCCGACAAGGACGUAUACGUGUGCGAAAGCCGUUACAACUCCAAACACCGCUGGUUCAAAAAGAUCAAGGUGUGGGAGGGAGCCGAAAAAGAAGCGACGCUUGUGCCAAGAGAGGUACCCCUCGAGCCCAACCGGACGGUGUCCGUGUUCCGCGAACGUGUCGAGAAGCAUAAGGAUGAACUGGCGGAAUUGGAGGUGCUAGAAAACGUGCAGGAAAAAGAGAGACCCGACGUGGUGAUGUACAAUCCACUUGGCACCGACGAUGAGAACACCUACUACGAGCAAUACAACACAGUUUGCUCCGGCGUCAUCAAGACCGGCGACUACGUUUACGUAGUCACGGACGGCGGCAAGCAGAUGAUCGCGCAGGUCGACACCAUCUGGGAGACCGGCGACAACAAAUGCUAUUUCCGUGGGCCGUUCCUCAUCUUUCCUGCAGACGUAGUCAACAUCAUCAACAAACCAUUCUACAAGCAAGAGGUGCUCCUGACGACCAUGCACGACACCAGCCCACUUGUGGGCAUCGUGGGAAAGUGCGCAGUGCUCGACUACGAUGAUUACCUCAAAUGCCGGCCGACGGAGAUCUCCGAGAACGACGUGUUCGUAUGCGAGUCGCUGUACGACGAGUCGAACAGAAUCGCGCGCAAGUUGACCGCGGGGCUUCGCAAGUUUGAGCACACCAAAGAUGUCACUGUUGAUGAGAUGUACAAGUUCCCCCGGCUGCGCGGGCCGCCGGCGCUGGCGGCGCCGCAGGAGGUGCACGCCUUCACGCACAAGCAGCCCGCCUACACCGCCGUGCACCUAGACUCCAUGGACACGAAGCCGCAGUUCACGAAUCUCAUCAAUACUACGAUCGGUCAAGACGUGGAGAUGUUGCUCGAGAACUCACUUGAUGAGUCGUCACUAGCGUCACCAGCUACGCCGCUCUCUGGGGGAGGUAACAGCAACCCCUACAACCCGUCGAUCGCGUCCAACCAGGAGCGCACCCCAGUAGCAACUACCCCGGCUACAGGCAAGAAGAAGAAGGAGUCCAAACAGAAGAUCGUCACCGGCUACAUUCUCUACUCCAGCGAGAUCCGCAAGGCUAUCAUUGCCAACAAUCCGGAGGCGACUUUCGGCGAGAUCUCCCGCAUAGUUGGCAACGAGUGGCGCUCGCUACCCGCAGCCACCAAACAGAGCUGGGAGGAGCGUGCAGCCAGAUGCAACGAGGAAACUUCAGCUAAGCUAGCCGAGGAGAUGCGGGAGCUGGCACAGCAUGGCGGGACACAACCAGCACCAAUCGUGGAGCUCACGUACGAAUGUUGCUUUGAGUCUUGCGACUACCAGUUUGAGGACUUAGCCGACUGCAUGGAGCAUUGCAUCGGGGAUGGUGGGAACAUGAUUGGAACAUUCAUUGAGACGAAGAAGGCUAAAUUAGAACCGGGCCACGUGCAGACCCACUACCGCGGACACGCGGGAGACUUCCCCUGCGUGUGGCGGAACUGCGCAAGAGUGCGAAAGGGACAGGCGCCCUUCCCGAAUCUACCUCGCCUGCUCCGACACGUCAGGGACCUGCAUGUCAACAAGGGCAACGGGCGGGCUAUCGCUCCUCACGAGCGCUCCAGAAACUAUAUACCUUCGUCGAAGAAGCCACCGCCGACUAAGACGUACACCAACAGCUUCAGAGGCGGCGUGAUGUCGCCUGGAGCAUCUUUGUCCGGCAUGUCGCCAUUAGCCCGCAACACGCCGUCCCCCGGCGGGGAGUCGGUGCCGGCGCGCGCGGCGCCGGGCGGGCUGGAGCCGCUGUUCGUGGCGGCGCCGCCCAAGGCGCAGCGCGUGCAGCACUCGGAGGCCUACAUCAGGUACCGACUAUCCCGUCCUACCCUACAUACAUUAGCCCGCAACACGCCGUCCCCCGGCGGGGAGUCGGUGCCGGCGCGCGCGGCGCCGGGCGGGCUGGAGCCGCUGUUCGUGGCGGCGCCGCCCAAGGCGCAGCGCGUGCAGCACUCGGAGGCCUACAUCAGGUACCGACUAUCCCGUCCUACCCUACAUACAUUAGCCCGCAACACGCCGUCCCCCGGCGGGGAGUCGGUGCCGGCGCGCGCGGCGCCGGGCGGGCUGGAGCCGCUGUUCGUGGCGGCGCCGCCCAAGGCGCAGCGCGUGCAGCACUCGGAGGCCUACAUCAGGUACCGACUAUCCCGUCCUACCCUACAUACAUUAGCCCGCAACACGCCGUCCCCCGGCGGGGAGUCGGUGCCGGCGCGCGCGGCGCCGGGCGGGCUGGAGCCGCUGUUCGUGGCGGCGCCGCCCAAGGCGCAGCGCGUGCAGCACUCGGAGGCCUACAUCAGGUACCGACUAUCCCGUCCUACCCUACAUACAUUAGCCCGCAACACGCCGUCCCCCGGCGGGGAGUCGGUGCCGGCGCGCGCGGCGCCGGGCGGGCUGGAGCCGCUGUUCGUGGCGGCGCCGCCCAAGGCGCAGCGCGUGCAGCACUCGGAGGCCUACAUCAGGUACCGACUAUCCCGUCCUACCCUACAUACAUUAGCCCGCAACACGCCGUCCCCCGGCGGGGAGUCGGUGCCGGCGCGCGCGGCGCCGGGCGGGCUGGAGCCGCUGUUCGUGGCGCCGCCGCCCAAGGCGCAGCGCGUGCAGCACUCGGAGGCCUACAUCAGGUACCGACUAUCCCGUCCUACCCUACAUACAUUAGCCCGCAACACGCCGUCCCCCGGCGGGGAGUCGGUGCCGGCGCGCGCGGCGCCGGGCGGGCUGGAGCCGCUGUUCGUGGCGGCGCCGCCCAAGGCGCAGCGCGUGCAGCACUCGGAGGCCUACAUCAGGUACCGACUAUCCCGUCCUACCCUACAUACAUUAGCCCGCAACACGCCGUCCCCCGGCGGGGAGUCGGUGCCGGCGCGCGCGGCGCCGGGCGGGCUGGAGCCGCUGUUCGUGGCGGCGCCGCCCAAGGCGCAGCGCGUGCAGCACUCGGAGGCCUACAUCAGGUACCGACUAUCCCGUCCUACCCUACAUACAUUAGCCCGCAACACGCCGUCCCCCGGCGGGGAGUCGGUGCCGGCGCGCGCGGCGCCGGGCGGGCUGGAGCCGCUGUUCGUGGCGGCGCCGCCCAAGGCGCAGCGCGUGCAGCACUCGGAGGCCUACAUCAGGUACCGACUAUCCCGUCCUACCCUACAUACAUUAGCCCGCAACACGCCGUCCCCCGGCGGGGAGUCGGUGCCGGCGCGCGCGGCGCCGGGCGGGCUGGAGCCGCUGUUCGUGGCGGCGCCGCCCAAGGCGCAGCGCGUGCAGCACUCGGAGGCCUACAUCAGGUACCGACUAUCCCGUCCUACCCUACAUACAUUAGCCCGCAACACGCCGUCCCCCGGCGGGGAGUCGGUGCCGGCGCGCGCGGCGCCGGGCGGGCUGGAGCCGCUGUUCGUGGCGGCGCCGCCCAAGGCGCAGCGCGUGCAGCACUCGGAGGCCUACAUCAGGUACCGACUAUCCCGUCCUACCCUACAUACAUUAGCCCGCAACACGCCGUCCCCCGGCGGGGAGUCGGUGCCGGCGCGCGCGGCGCCGGGCGGGCUGGAGCCGCUGUUCGUGGCGGCGCCGCCCAAGGCGCAGCGCGUGCAGCACUCGGAGGCCUACAUCAGGUACCGACUAUCCCGUCCUACCCUACAUACAUUAGCCCGCAACACGCCGUCCCCCGGCGGGGAGUCGGUGCCGGCGCGCGCGGCGCCGGGCGGGCUGGAGCCGCUGUUCGUGGCGGCGCCGCCCAAGGCGCAGCGCGUGCAGCACUCGGAGGCCUACAUCAGGUACCGACUAUCCCGUCCUACCCUACAUACAUUAGCCCGCAACACGCCGUCCCCCGGCGGGGAGUCGGUGCCGGCGCGCGCGGCGCCGGGCGGGCUGGAGCCGCUGUUCGUGGCGGCGCCGCCCAAGGCGCAGCGCGUGCAGCACUCGGAGGCCUACAUCAGAUACAUCGAAGGCCUCCACUCCGAGCAAAAAUACAUCACUCCCUGGGAAAAGUCCCUCACCCCCAUGCCCAUCAACCCGGACCCGUCCCACUUCAACAUGCACAAGAUACCCGCCCACUGGAUGACAGAAGACUCCAUCAACGGCUACCUGUCCCAAGACAAGACACUCUCGGAAACUGACAUUCAUAAGAUGGAUAAUAGCGCCAAGAUACUGAAGGGGCUGUGCGCGCUAAGGGACUUUAUGAUGAAAGAUGCGCUGUGCAUUUAUAAGAAUCAUCUUUGAUAUAAGAAGCA